AUGGAAAAUAAAAACGCUAUUAGUUCAUGGUCCAAAGAAAAAUUAGAAGAUCAAUAUUUACGAUUGUAUGAUGAUUAUUUAACAUUAAAAAAACAUGCAUGUAAACAAGAGGAUCGUAUCAAAAAAAUGGCAACUAAAAUUCUACGUUUAGCCAAUGAUAAGAAAGAUUCUGAUCCUGGAACUGUAUGGAAAGAAGAUUUUCAAGAACAAAUUGAAGUGUUAGAAAGAAAAAAUGCCACGUUGACACGAAAAUUAGCAUUAGUACAAAAUCAGUUAAACGUUCAAAAGCAAAGAAUUGGUAGCGCACCUCUUUCAGCUAGAAAAGCAAGUUCUGCAACUAUUCAAACAACAGGUCGUAAUUCGUUAGUUGGUGAAAAAUCUAUGAAUAAUUCUAAUGUUAUACAAACAUUACGUUUUCAAAAUUCUGCAUUUGAAAAAACUAUACAAAAAUUAUCUGAACAAUUAAAAGAACGUGAUGAAUUAAUUAAUCAAUUAAAACAAGAAUUACAAAUGAAAGAGAAAAUUCAUACAAACGAUUUAUUUACACUUGGUGAACAAGUCACAUCAAAACAAAGAAUUGCUUUACAAGAAAAUCUUGAUUUAAUUCGUACACAAAGAGAAUUACGUGAAAAACAAUUAAUCAUUAAUAAUUUAGAAUCACGUAUUAAAGAAUCAGAAUCCAAUUAUAAUAUAUUAAAAUCAACAAAUCAUCAAUUAAUUAAUGAAAUUGAACGUUUAACACGUGAAUCAAGUCAAUUAGAACAAAAAUUAUUUCAUUUACAAUCUGAUAAUAAUUUAGCAUCAAAACAACAAUUGAAAAUUUUAGAACUUCAGUAUGCAUUUGAUGAUGCAAAACGUGAAAAUCAAGCACUUAAAGAAUCAAAUGAAAAACUUAUAGCAAAUGCAUUUUCUAUUAAACCUGAACAAAAUUGGACAAUGAAAGAACAGAAAUUACGUGGACAAAUUGAUCAUUUAGAAAUGAUGGUACAUAAUUUACAACAACAAUUAAAUCAAACUGAACAACAACAACAACAACACCACCACCGCCCUCAACAACAACAACAACACAAGGAAACAAUCCAUUGA